UCACGGCAGCCUGCAGGGGACCUGAUCCUGUUGGCAACACUGAGAUUACACAAGUGUGAUGUGGAAACUUGAAGCCUCCAGACCACAAACACUGAGAAAGGACUUAACGGAGAAGAGGAAACAUCUGGUGUCCAUAAGAAAUAUUAAACAAGGCUGGUGUUGAGCUCAAAGGAAAAUCUGCAACAGUCACUGAAAUUUCUGCUGAGAAAGGAAAUGAAAGUACGAAGUAAGCAACUAAGUAAGAAGAAGAUCAAAAGAAAAGGUCGUGUGCGGAUCAUCGUGGUUGACAGUGUGGAUGCAGUUUGGGAGUUCGUAUGUCGAUCAUCUUGGUUUGCAGUUUGAAUACAGUCAUCUGUCAGAUUGAAGUCAAGGUUUAUAUCGGAGACGUUGCCCUGCUGCCCUGCAUCUACAACAAUGCUGUGCCUGAGAAGGUCACCAUCUCCUGGAGGGACAAAGACAACAACAACGUCCUGGACAUCAAACAAAACAUCCCGGACUGGAAAUCACAGAGUGAGAAGUUUAAGGGUCGAGUGAGUUUCUCUGAUCAGUACAAUAUGGGAAACUUCUCCAUCAGCCUGAAGGAGGUCCAGCAGGGAGACGCCGGCGUGUACGAAUGUAACAUCCGAGUCCUUGAAGGAUCCCAGCAGAAGGUCAAACUCAUCGUCACAGGUGAACGUCUUAAAAAAACAACGACUGCUCCAGCACAAACAGGUGGCGCCGCUGCAGUAACACCAGCCUCCCUCCGGCUGCUGCUGCUCUCUGCUGGUCUGUCUGUGUUACUGUGCAGUUUGACUGUAAACUGCAACAGUAUCCUGCUUUAAUCACUGCUUCACCUGCAAGUUCAGCCUAAACAAUGACAGCUAAGAAACCUGUCACUACAUUCCUACAAAAUAAUGAAGAGUUCUGUUCUAAAACUGUUAAAGGACCAAAAAAAAGCAACUUUAUUUCAGUAAUAAAUCAGUUUUUAAGUCCCAGAAAUCCUUUAAAAAGCACCAACAUUUGGCUUAACAUGUCACUCAAAGUGUGAAUGCGGAGCCACUUUAAAUUAGUUUUGCGACACAUCAUAAAAGCUCAGACAUCGCUAAUAUAUUAAUAUAAGAAGUGUUGGUAAGUUAGUUAUCAAGAUACAGAUAUUUUGGUUGUAUUUAUUAUUCAGUAAGACCCAGAAUAAGGCCUGUAAACCUGCUCAACACACAGGUAGGGGGCGCUACAGCAUGACACAGUAAGAGGAAGCUGAGUUUGACGUCUUCUUCCUACACGCAAUGUUUUUUUUCCGAGAAUGGUGAAGUCAUGACCCACCCAACUCUGCCUCUGAUUGGCUGACCCUGAUAUUCUUACCCCGACCAGUCUCACUCCUCAUGCCUCAACCUGACCAACCUGACCAACCUGACCAACCCGACCAACCCGACCAACGGAGGCAAAGACCACUAGCCAAUCAGAGGCAGAGUAGGGCGGGGUGGGACUUCACCAUCCUUGGGAAAAAGAUUUGGUGUUCUUCACAGAGAUGUCGCACAUCGUGUCUUCUGUUUUGUUUUGUUUUGACUUUCUUCUGUGCUGCGUUUUCAGACGACUCACAACUGGAAACGUUUCCGACUUCCUUGCAAAGGUUUAACGGAACAGAGACGCCGACACUGCAAGAGAAGAUUCCAGUGGCGUUAAACUCUCAAAAUGAAGAAUCAGUCGGCCAUUGAGUGUAGUACUCUGAUUAAAAUAUAUUAUAUAUAUAUAUAUUAUAAUAACAUAUAUAGACAGACAGGUGACAAAGGAAAAACU